AUGGUCCAUUCCCAGUGGGAUGCUCUACGAACCAAGACUCUUGGGGGAACUCUACUCGCUCCGAUCGCGGGGUUUCGCGUCGCCAGGGGAAUAAAGUCGCAGAUCGGGUUUCAAGGGCUGCCGACAACGUCAACCGCCAAAUGCGCCGCCACACAGGCGGCGCUGCUCGCGGGCGAGCCGGUUCUCAGAGGCGCCACGUCAGCACCGGCGUCUCUCUCGCCCGCCACGUGGCUGCCACUGGGCAGAUCCGGGCCCACUCCUGGAGCGCCACGUGUCGCCAGGAGGGCGGGCGUGAGACCAGGAGCAGCGGUGGCGGCGGCAGCGAGAGGAAGGGGUGCGAGCUCUGCAGGCGGAAGAGUGUCAUCCGCUGCUGCUCAGCAGCAGGUGCUGCUGGCGUCAGUGUCCCAGUCCACGUCAGCACCACCUCCCGUGCGCCCAUCACAGUCAGCCUCAUACCCGGGCACACCCCUCAUGUGGGUGGGAGUGGGCGUGGCUCUCUCGCUCUUCGCCUCCUGGGGCUCCAAGUUCGUCAUGCAGCGCAUGCAGCAAGCCAUGAUGAAGCAGAUGCUCAGCGCCAUGCAAUCUGGCGGCGGGCCAGCCGGCGCAGCCAAUCCGUUUGCGGCAGCUGGCAUGGGCGGUGGUGCCAAUCCGUUUGCAGGCAUGGGCGGCGCAGGAGCAGCAAGCCCCUUUGGUGGCAUGCCCUUCCCACCACCACCGCCAGCAGCAUCACCCUCAUCAUCACCCUCCUCUCCCUCGUCGACCUCCUCUGGUUCACCCAAGGCUAAACCCUCUUCUUCAGCCACCAAGGCGUCUGCAGCGGAUGAGGCGGAGCAGAGCACGAAAAAGAAGAGCUUCUUUCAAGAUGCUGAGGUGGUGGAGGAGCCAUCUGGGGGAGGCUUUUCCUGGGGAAACACAGGCACCAGCACGGGCAGCACCAGCAGCAAUGCGUCGAAUGCCACGUGGGACACGACCACCAACUCGUUUGCCAAUGGGGGAGGCGGUGGCGGGGCUAAGGGCAAGAUGACAGUGGAGGCGUUGGAGAAGAUGCUCGAGGACCCCAUGGUGCAAAAGAUGAUUUUCCCGUAUCUUCCAGAGGAGAUGAGAGACCCUGCCACCUUUAAGUGGAUGAUGCAGAGUCCCAUGUACCGCCAGCAGCUAGAGAGCAUGCUCGACAACAUGGGAGGCACGGGCUUUGAUGACCGCGUGCUGGAGAUGAUGAAGAGCUUUGACCUCAACAGCCCGGAAGUCAAGGACCAGUUCUCCCAGCUGGGCAUGUCACCAGAGGACGUGGUUGGUAAAAUCAUGUCCAACCCAAAACUUGCUGCUGCCUUCCAGAACCCUCGCCUGCAGGCUGCUAUCCUCGACGUCUCCUCCAAUCCUAUGAACUGGACCAAGUACCAAAACGAUGCUGAGGUGAUGGAGAUCUUCAACCAGAUUCAGGAGCUCUUUGCCCCGCGCUGA